AUGGCUGCUAGUCAGUCAGACUGCCAGUUUCUCCUAACCAUCAUCUCUGGCUCACCUCCUUCCCCUGAUAACUCCUUACAAACUUUGCUGGGACCUUUCCAUCGCUGGGGAUGGCUCCUGGCCGUUGCCCACCUGUCAUCCCAGCAUCUGAGGGGCAAAGACGUGAAGCAGCAAGUUCUGUGUUCAACCUUUCUGACCAAGAGCAACUAUUUCCCGCGCAAUAUUUGGAAAAUACUUCCACUAAAAACCAAACAAACGAAAACCCAUUUCCUUGGGAAGUCACAUUUAGGAGCCUGCCCUACACCCUGCCGCCGCCUUCGCGCUGUCCGUCAUCCACGCGGGCCGGCAGGCCGGGGCGCCGGUCGGUCGUUCCAUCCCGGCCGCGCCCCUGAUUGGCCAGCGCGCCCCGCCGGCGUCACGGCUUCCCGCAGUCCCGCGGCCUCCGGGAGCCUGGUCGGCGCGCAGCGAGCCUGGCCGGCCGCGGGCUCCGGUUCCCCGGCCACGCGUGAACGUGCGCGCCCAGCCGGAGCUGCCAGGGCCGGGACUUCAGCGGAGAGGGGUGCCAGCGCUCUGGCCAGCCCGGGAGUGUCCGGGCGGGCCGCCGAGCCGGGUGGUAUCUGUGUCUCUCUAAAAAGGGGGAAUUCUUAAGAAAAGGAAGAAAGGUGGUGUUGGCACACGCCUUUAAUCCCAGCACUC